CUAUUAUUGUAUUAUUUUACAUGAGUAUCUUCAGACAUCACGUGUGAAUCAUCAUAUUAUAAAAAGGAAGAAAAUAAUAAUAAAACAUUAGUAAUUUAUAAAAGGAGUAAUAAACUUAGUGAUAUCUUCGUAAAUUAGUGAUACGUCAUAUUCACAUUUUAAUUUUUUUUACCUUAUUGUGUUCUCUUCCGUACUCUCUUCUGCUUCCUUCUCUUCUUCUUCUUCCCUUUGCAGCCGCCAUGUGCGGAAUCCUUGCAGUGUUGGGUUGUGUUGACAACUCUCAGGCCAAGCGCGCUCGUAUCAUCGAGCUAUCUCGCAGAUUGAAGCAUAGAGGACCUGAUUGGAGUGGAUUGCAUUGCCAUGGAGAUUGUUAUCUUGCUCAUCAAAGGCUUGCUAUUGUUGACCCCACUUCAGGGGAUCAACCUCUUUAUAACGAAGACAAGACUGUUGUUGUCACAGUAAAUGGGGAGAUAUAUAACCAUAAGGAACUGAGACAGAAAUUGAGUUCCCACCAGUUUCGAACUGGAAGCGACUGUGAAGUCAUUGCUCAUCUUUACGAAGAGUAUGGAGAAGAAUUUAUUGAUAUGCUGGAUGGGAUGUUCUCCUUUGUCCUUCUUGACACAAGAGAUAAAAGCUUCAUUGCUGCUCGUGAUGCUAUUGGCAUUACCCCUCUUUACUUGGGAUGGGGCCUUGAUGGAUCGACAUGGUUUGCGUCUGAAAUGAAAGCUUUAAGUGAUGAUUGUGAGAGAUUCAUAUCUUUUCCACCAGGGCAUAUAUAUUCCAACAAACAGGGAGGAUUAAGAAGAUGGUACAAUCCACCAUGGUUCACAGAGCAAAUUCCAUCAACACCCUAUGAUCCUCAGAUCUUACGUCAAGCCUUUGAGAAGGCUGUGCUUAAGAGGUUGAUGACUGAUGUACCUUUUGGAGUUCUUUUGUCGGGAGGACUUGACUCAUCGCUUGUCGCUGCCGUGACCAAUCGUUUUGUGGCUCAAUCUGCAGCUGCACAACAGUGGGGAUCACAGUUGCAUACUUUCUGUAUUGGUUUAAAGGGCUCUCCAGAUUUGAAAUUUGCAAAAGAGGUAGCAGAUUAUCUUGGUACUCGACAUUAUGAACUUUAUUUCACAGUUCAGGAAGGUAUAGAUGCACUUGAGGAAGUCAUUUACCACAUUGAAACAUAUGAUGUAACAACCAUCAGAGCAAGUACUCCAAUGUUCCUUAUGUCCAGAAAAAUCAAAUCCAUGGGAGUGAAAAUGGUUCUUUCGGGAGAAGGUUCAGAUGAAAUAUUUGGAGGUUACCUAUAUUUCCAUAAAGCACCUAAUAAGGAAGAGUUUCAUGAAGAAACAUGUCGAAAAAUCAAAGCUCUUCAUCUUUAUGACUGCCUGAGAGCCAAUAAAUCAACUUCAGCAUGGGGUAUAGAGGCACGUGUACCAUUCUUGGAUAAAGAAUUUAUCAACACAGCCAUGAGUAUUGAUCCAGAGUGGAAAAUGAUACGACCUGAUCUCGGAAGGAUAGAGAAGUGGGUAUUGCGCAAUGCAUUUGAUGACGAAACAAAUCCAUAUUUACCAAAGCACAUUUUGUACAGGCAGAAGGAACAGUUCAGUGAUGGUGUAGGGUACAGCUGGAUUGAUGGCUUGAAGGAGCAUGCUAACCAACAAGUCACAGAUGGAAUGCUGUUGCAUGCUAACUAUGUUUACCCUGAAAACACUCCCACAACAAAAGAAGCAUACCUCUACAGGACAAUUUUUGAGAAGCACUUUCCAAAGAAUGCUGCAAGGUCAACCGUUCCAGGAGGUCCUAGUGUUGCGUGCAGCACCGCAAAAGCUGUGGAAUGGGAUGCCGAAUGGUCAAAGAAUCCUGACCCUUCUGGCCGUGCUGCUCUUGGUGUUCAUGCAGCAGCAUAUGAGGCUGCAGCAGAUGCAAAAACAGCCUAGCCUAAAAACGGGACCCUCUAAAGGCCCUUUAUUCUGACUUCGAAGAACAAAAAAAUGCAAAGCAUUGUCUUGUGAGGCUUAUUUUCAGGUAGAUGAAAAAUUAAACUCUUGAGGAAGAUUGUCAUUUGUAUUUCGCACGGUUGGCACAACAUUUUAAGCUGUUUUGACACUAGCAGAGUAAGAUAACGUUUAAUGUAUACUGUUAGCAAUCUUUCUUACAUUGUGUUUGAGUAAGAGUCCUUUAACUGGAGUUGCAAUGGCAACUCAAAUUCAUAAAUAACAACAAUGAAGAAUUCCUGCAAAGUGAACAAAAGAUAAGAACUUUGCUCUUUGGUUUGCUAUAAUACUUGAGGCUCUGAGGGUACCCUCAAGCUGCCAAGGGCACUUUGAUGGCGUUCUGUGUCUCAACUCUCAAUAGUCUUUCAACUUGGGACAUCAUGCAAAAUAAAUAAAUAAACUUUCUCA